ACACACACUGAUACACACACACUCUAAGUAACUAUUACUACUCUAUUAGCACUUCAAGAAAACAACAACAAGAAGAAGAAGCCCCCAUUAAAAUCCAUGGCAGAACUGCCACUAGGCUGCAAGUUCGCCCCAUCAGACACAGAGAUAUUCAUAUACUUGGACAACAAAGUAAAUGGUCAUAAACACCCAAAUGUCAAGCUUGACCUUGUUAAAGAACUUGACAUUUAUGAGUCCUGCCCUCAAGAUCAUCAAGGCUUGAGCAAAGAAGAGUGUACCUACAUCUUCGCAACAAGAGUUGGUAAAUAUCAAACAGCCAGUCAUCACAGUAAUCGAAAAACAAGGGACGGGAAAGGUUCUUGGAAAAUAAACAGAUCAUCUGUGAAGUCCACACAAGGAACCAAGAAGCUCUUGACUUACUAUCUGAAAAGUGAAAAUUCAAGUGGCGAGAAGGAAAAGCGAACUGACUGGCAUAUGCUUGAGUAUGCACUAGAACCAGCUAACGCAGAGGUGAAGGUGAAUGAGGGGAAGGUGAAUGAGACGGUUUUGUGUCAAAUUACCAAGGGCAAGAGGUAUAAAAAUACUGAAGUGACGGAUGCAAAACAGGACGGUGAUAGUUCUCCUGAAGAUGGAACAGGCCUAGACAAAAGUGGAGUGAAGUUAAUGAUGAAUAAAUCAAGUCAGGAGAAUCAACAGAACACUGCUGCACUAGCGAAUGAAGAGAUUAUUCUUAUUGAUUUCUUCUCAGGUGGCGUUGAGAAUCAACAGAACGCUGCUGCACCAGCAAGUGAAGGGACUGUUUUUACUGAUUUGGGCUCAGAUGGCGUUGAGAAUCAACAGAACACUGCUGCACCAGCAAAUAAAGAGAUUGUUUUUACUGAUUCGGGCUCAGAUGGCGUAGAGAAUCAACAGAACACUGCUGCACCAGCGAAUAAAGAGAUUGUAUUGACUGAUUUCUUCUCAGAUAGCGUUGAGAAUCAACAGAACACUGCUGCACCAGCAAAUGAAGAGACGGUUUUUAAUGAUUUGGGCUUAGAUGGCGUUGAGAAUCAACAGAACACUGCUGCACCAGCAAAUGAAAAUAUUGUUUUUACUGAUUUCUUCUCAUCUGGCGUUGAGAAUCAACAGAACACUGCUGCACCAGCAAAUGAAGAGACGGUUUUUAAUGAUUUGGGCUUAGAUGGCGUUGAGAAUCAACAGAACACUGCUGCACCAGCAAAUGAAGAUAUUGUUUUAACUGAUAUGGGCUCAGAUGGCAUUGAGAAUCAACAAAACACUGCUGCACCAGCAAAUGAAGAUAUUGUUCUUACUGAUUUGGGCUCAGAUGGUGUAGAGUCAAGCCAAGGUCAUGAUCUGCCCAAGAACACUACUUCAGCAGCAGAGAAUGAUGUGGAUCUGAGUUUAAGGCUGUGUACUGGUUCGCAAAACUGACAGGUCAUAUUGAUAUGUUCAAUGCAAGGCUACAUCGCGUGAUAAUAAUUUGAAUUCUGAAGAGGUCUUAUAUGGAUAUUCCGAGCAUAUGUACAAGUUUUAUAGGACACAGUAACUAUACAUUGUCUUUUUGUUGAAGAUCUCUGUGUUUCCGACGUAUGAUCCUUGCCCUGUUGCAUUGGCUUUUAGUUACGAAAGGAGAAGUUUUCUGUGUUGUAAAAAUAAGAACAAAUUUAUCAGUGCUCUUCUGCCAAGUUUCUCUGUUCCAUUUUCAUA